AUGUGCGUGUUCAGGCGCUUGGCCCAGUCGGCUUAUGCCGCACCCUCCAUGGCUGCAACUCAUUCUAUCUACGAUGUGCGUGUUCAGGCGCUUGGCCAGUCGGAUGAUGCUGCACCCUCCAUGGCUGAACUCAUUCUAUCUACGAUGUGCGUGUUCAGGCGCUUGGUCCAGUCGGCUUAUGCUGCACCCUCCAUGGCUGCAACUCAUUCUAUCUAUGAUGUGUGCGUUCAGGCGCUUGGCCAUUCGGAUGAUGCUGCAUCCUCCAUGGCUGAACUCAUUCUAUCUAUGAUGUGCAUGUUCAAGUGCUUGGUCCAGUCGGCUUAUGCUGCACCCUCCAUGGCUGCAACUCAUUCUAUCUAUGAUGUGUGCGUUCAGGCGCAUGGCCAGUCGGCUUAUGCUGCACCCUCCAUGGCUGCAACUCAUUCUAUCUUUGAUGUGCCUGUUCAGGCGAUUGGCCCAGUCGUCUUAUGCCGCACCCUCCAUGGCUGGACUCAUUCUAUCUAUGAUGUGCGUGUUCAGGUGCUUGGCCAGUCGGAUGAUGUUGCACCCUCCAUGGCUGCUACUCAUUCUAUCUAUGAUGUGCGUGUUCAGCCGCUUGGCCAGUCUGCUUAUGCCGCACCCUCCAUGGCUGCUACUCAUUCUAUCUAUGAUGUGCGUGUUCAGCCGCUUGGCCAGUCUGCUUAUGCCGCACCCUCCAUGGCUGCGACUCAUUCUAUCUUUGAUGUGCGUGUCCAGGCGCUUGGCCAGUCGGCUUAUACUGCACCCUCCAUGGCUGCUACUCAUUCUGUCUACGAUGUGCGUGUGUUCAGGCGCUUGGCCCAGUCGGCUUAUGCCGCACCCUCCAUGGCUGCUACUCAUUCUAUCUAA